AUGAGUGAAAUUGACCUUAAUCUUAAAAUUAAACUCUCUAAUGAAAACUUAUACUUGAAUUAUGAGAAGUGCAUUCAAGAAUAAGAUUUGUUUAAGAUUAGCAAAUUUUAAUCAUCAUCUUAGAACUACAUUGUCUUUUUAAGAUCCCCACAAAUAGUUCUUGAGGACAUCAACUCAUAGGAUGGAUAUAUAAUUGCUUAGCGAGAUAUAUCAUUUGAAGUUGCGCAACCCUUUCAUAGGAUACUAAAGUUCUCAACCAAUAAUGCUCAGAAAUUGAUGAAGCAUAUAAUCAAGUCUACCAGUUACUAAUACGACAAAGAUAAGUUAAUAUAUAAAAUGAAUUUCGAUUAUUCAUAGAUCUAAAAUCUUCCAGCAAGAUAAAAUAAAAACAGUUUGAUCAACUCUAAGGUAGAUCAAACUUACACAACCCAAGAUUAUACUCUAGACACUUUGGCUGAUCAUCAGAUUAACUCGACCUUGCAGAUCCAAGAUUUGACUUAAUCAUAUCCUCAACAUGAAAAUUGGUCUAACUUUAUUAUCUUGGACAGCAAUAUACAGUGCCGCUUAAAGCUUAUUUAACCUCGCUUGCGAUUCUAGUCUUGCAAAAACAUAGAUAAAUCAGUGUAGAAAGAUUUAUCAUUCAUAGAAUUAGUUUAGCUUACGAAGUCUUAAUUUCAUCAAUGGGAAACUUCAUUUCUGGAUGCUUCUCAAUUAAUGUGA